AUGAUGCGCUGGACGGCAUCCCUUCUAACGGCUGCGCCGCUCUUUACUCUGGGCUCCGGCCACGCCGUCAUUCUUAAUGCUCAAGGUGUCCAAGGAUCUCCCCCUAGUGUUGGCUUCCAAGUCGACCCCGCCGUUGCCCGCAACUGCAUUACCAUCAACCCCUGCCAACAAGACACGACCAUCAUCCGCGACGCGGAGAUUGUGGCCAAUGUCGCAAACCAGUGCGGUCGGACAGAGCUCACAGGAAACAUUGACGUCGGCGAGAACACGGAGAAUGCCCUGGCAGCAGGCGCAGUCACCGAAGUCGAGGCUGGCAGUGAGAUUGUCGUCACUCUCCACCAAGUCAACGCCGACGGCGCCGGCCCCUUCUUCUGCGACAUUGAUCAGACGAGUAACACGGGCCUCAACCUCCAGAACCUGACGGUCCUCGACAACGUGCCCGGUGUCAACGGCCUGUCGCAGGCCAAGGCGCAGGCCUUUGACAUUCGCGUGCAGAUGCCUCAGGACCUCAAGUGCACUGGUGCUUCUACCGGAAACGUGUGCACCGUUCGCUGCCGCAACAACGCCGUGGCCGGCCCUUUUGGCGGCUGCUUCGCCGUGCAGCAGAAGAACACGGAGCCGACGGUCAACAGCCCCAACACCAUCACCACCGCGCAGCAGCUGAAGCCCGUCCUGGACCAGGUGCAGGUGAACCAGAAGGACUUUCCCGUCGCCGUCCAGGCCAACCAGGAGGCCGGCUCCGACGAGGCCGCCCAGAACUUGAAGGCCGUAGAGGCGCUCCUGGGGUCCAAGGUCAUCACCAAGCCGUCGCCGCAGGAGACGCCGAAUGUCGACCUGGGUGGUGGCAACAGGCAGAACCAGGGCGACCGCAACAACCAGAACCAGGGCGACCGCAAUAACCAGAACCAGGGCGACCGCAAUAACCAGAACCAGGGCGACCGCAACAACCAGAACCAGGGUGGCCGCCAGAACCAGAACCAGGGUGGCCGCCAGAACCAGAACCAGGGCGACCGCGGUGGUCGAGGUGGAGCGGGAGGAGCGGGCGGAGCGGGCGGAGCGGGCGGAGCGGCCGGCGACCGGCCCGGUCAGUCUGGUCAACCUGGUCAACCUGGUCAACCUGGUCAACCUGGCAACAAUUUUAUUGGCGGUGAUGGCGGCCGGGGUGGUCGUGGGAGUGCCAGCGGCCGAAAGAGACGCCUCCGUGUCUAG